AUGGUGCCUUUGAUAUUGGGUGCUCCUGAUAUAAAUUUUCCUCGUUUGAAUGAAUUAUUGUAUGGUGGUCAUCCUGGUAAUAGGGUUGAUUUAGCUAUUUUUAGUUUGCAUUGUUCUGGUGUAAAAUUGCUUGAAUUGGUUGUAGUUUGGGCUCAUCAUAUAUAUACUGUUGGUAUGGAUUUGGAUUCUCAUGCUUAUUUUUCUGCUGCUACUAUAGUUAUUGCUGUUCCUACUGGUGUUAAGGUUUUUAGUUGGUUGGCUACUUUAUGUGGCAUAGGGAUGGUUUUUCAACCUGCGCUGUUAUGA